AUGAGUUCCACGCAAAAUGUAAAAUGCAAGGGCAAGCACUUCACAUGGUCUAAGCCUAUGUCUCACAUGUUACUUGAGAUAUUAGCUGAGGAGGCACUUAAAGGAAGCAAACCUUCUUCCACCUUUAAAGCAGAAUCUUUUGUUAAGGUGGCUACAGAAAUCAGUCAAAAGUUCAAUGUGCAAUGCGAGCCUAAACAUGUGGACAAUCAUCUCAAGACCGUGAAAAAAGAAUGGGGAAUAAUAACCAAACUUAAAAAUAAAAGUGGCUUUGGCUGGGAUGAUUAUUUGAAGAUGAUUACUGUUUCGAAAGAUGUAUAUGAUGAAGAAGUAAAGGCACAUCCCAAUCAUGACAAGUAUCUCAACAAAAAACUCGAUAUGUACGAGGCAAUGGCAAUUGUUGUUGGAAAAGACAUGGCAACCGGGAAUUAUGCCAAAUCAUAUGCUGAUAUUGGAGAUGUAGCACUUGCAAUUCAAAGCCUCAGCAAAAAUCAACUUGAUGUUAAUGCGUUGUAUGCGGAAGUGAUGAAAAUUGAAGGCUUUGAUGAGAUCACUCUUGGGGAGGCAUUUGAUCAUUUGACCAUGUUUGUUAUUUGA